CCCGCAUCCGCUUCCCGAACCGCCCCAAAUCCCGGGAAAAGGGGCCGGGGGACCAGGAGGCCGCGGCAAGGGGGGGCCCGGGGCUCGGGAGAUGCUCCCGGGGCUGAGGAGCCAUGGCCUCGCUGCUGUCCCUGCAGGAGGAGAACAGGAUCCUGCAGCAGGAGCUGUCCCGCGUCGAGGACCUGCUGGCCCAGAGCCGGGCCGAGCGCGAUGAGCUGGCCAUCAAGUACAACGCCCUCAGCGAGCGGCUGGAGCAGAGCCUGCGGCUGGAGCCGGAGGAAGCAGCCGAGAGCCGGAGCCUGGCCCAGCACAACAUCGAGCUCCGGAGGCUGCUGGAGGAGGAGCAGGCUGCCUACAAGAGGAAGCUCCAGGCCUACCAGGAGGGCCAGCAGCGCCAGGCCCAGCUGGUGCAGAAGCUCCAAGCCAAGGUGUUGCAGUACAAGAAGAAAUGCGGGGAAGUGGAGCAGCAGCUGCUGGAGAAGGCGACGGAGCUGGAGCAGGAGAGGCUGACAAUCCAGCUGGAUGCCAGCGGCUCCCAGCCUGACGAGGAGAGCAGCAACGAGCUGGAGAACGCCCUGAUCCGGCUGGAGGAGGAGCAGCAGAGGAGCAGCAGCCUGGUGCAGGUGAACUCGAUGCUGCGGGAGCAGCUGGAACAGGCCAACGUGGCCAACGCGGCGCUGAGCGAGGACAUCCGGAAGCUCACGGCGGACUGGGCACGGGCCCGGGAUGAGCUGGAGCAGCGGGAGGCGGAGUGGAGGCGGGAGGAGGAGUCCUUCAACACCUACUUCAGCAACGAGCACAGCCGGCUCCUGACCCUCUGGCGGCAGCUGGUGACCUUCAGGCGCCACUUCGGGGACAUGAAGGCCACCACUGAGAGGGACCUGUCGGAGCUGGGCCACGAGGUGUCGCGGACGGGCCGCGCCGCCCACGCCGCCUGCCUGCACCUGGCUGCCAACCUGCGGCUGGCCGAGAGCCAGGCGGGCGCGGCCCGCGAGCGGCAGGAGCUGCGCCUGGAGCAGCUGCAGGAGCAGCUGGCGGCGCGGGCACGGGAUGCGGAGCGGGAGAAAGCCACCCUGGCAGCGAGGCUGGCGGAGCUGACGGCGGCCCUGGAGCGGCGCCGGAGCGAGGAUGAGGAGAAGGAGCGGGCGGUGGAAGCGCUGACCCUGCAGCUGCGGGAGCUGGAGGCCGCGCGCGCCCGGGAGCCGACGCCGGAGCAGGUGCAGGCUCUGCGCUCCGAGCUGGAGCUGCUGCGCCGGACGCUGCACGAGGUCACCCAGGCGGUUCUGGCAGAUGACCCCGAGCUCCCCACACCUGCAGUGUCCCCUCCGUGUCCCCCCGUGUCCCCUCCGUGUCCCGCCGUGUCCCCUCUCCGCAGCCUCUCUGCCAGCGCCGCUGCCGCUGCCGUCCACGCAGCCCUGAGCCGGCGCCAGCUCCAGCUGCAGGAGGCCCGGAGCCAGGUGGAGGCGGGCCGGGAGGCGGCCGGGAGCCUGCGGCGGGAGCUGGGAAUGCUGGAGCAGCGGCUGGAGCAGCUGGGAGCCGAGGCCGGGAGCUGCCGGCGGGCGCAGGAGGAGGCCCAGCGGGAGGGGCUUCAGCUGCGGGCCCAGGUCGAGGGGCUGCGCAGGGAGCUGUGCCGCGCAGAGGCGGCGCUGGCAGAGGAGCAGCAGCGAGCGGGGGCCCUGCAGCAGGAGCGGGAGCAGCUGCGGCGCCGCAGCGAGGGGCUGCAGGACUCCCGGGACCAGGCUGCCCGCGACGCCCAGGCUGCCCUCGAGCAGCUGGAGCACAGCCAGCAGCAGGUGCAGGAGCUGGAGGCGCAGCGGGUGCGGGCGCAGCGGGAGCUGCUGGAGGCGCGGGAGGAGCUGAGCCGGGCGCUGCUGGAGGCGGAGCUGGCCCGGGGCGAGCAGGAGGCGCUGGCAGAGGCCCUGGGCAAGGCUCAGGGCAGCUGCGGGGAGCUGGCGGAGGCCCGGCGGGCGGCGGAGGCGGAGGAGUCGCGGCUGCGGGACGCGCUGGCCAAGACCAGCGAGCUGGCGGCCGGGCUGGCCCGGGACAAGGCGGAGCUGGGCCGGCGGCUGGAGCGGCUGGAGCAGGAGCGGGAGCGGGGCCGGCUGCGCAGCCGGGAGCUGUGCCGGGAGCUGGCGCUGCUGCGGGCGCGGCUGGAGAGCGGCCCCCGCCCCGGCGGCGAGCGGCGGGAGCUGGAGCGGCCGCGGGGGGACCCCCGGGACGACGGGCGGGGGUUGCGGGAGGAGCUGCGGGAGCUGCGCGGGCUCCACGAGCGGCUGCGCCACAGCCUGGGCCAGGCGGUGCAGGAGCAGAGCGCGGCGGGCGAGGCGCUGGCGCGGGCGCGGGCGGAGCAGGAGCGGCUCCGGGCGGAGCAGGAGCGGCUGGGCCGGACCCAGGCGGCGCUGGCCCAGGACGGGGCCGGGCUGGCCGUGCAGCUGGCGGCUGCCCAGCGCCAGGAGCGGCACCGCGACCGCGAGGCCGCCGGGCUCAGGUCGGAGAAGGAGGGGCUGGAGAGCACCGUGUUCCAGCUGCAGCAGGAGCUGGCCCAGCUCCAGGCCCGCAAUCAGCAGCUGGAGGCCCAGGGCCGGACACUGACCCAGGCCAAGGAGGCGCUGGAGGCGGAGCUGGGCGUGGCGCGGCGGGAGCGGGCGCAGGAGCUGCGGGAGCGGCGCCAGGCGGUGGCGGUGGCCGAGGCGGCCGCGGUGGCAGCGGCACUGCAGAGCGCCCGUGACACGCACCGGGAGCAGCUGGAGCACCUCCAGCGCGAGAAGGAGGAGCUGGAGGCCGAGCGGGGCCGGCUGGUGCAGGAGCACGAGGAGCUGGUGGCCGAGCUGGCGGCAGCGCGGCAGCAGCGCCAGAGCGAGAAGCAGCAGGCUCUGGCGCUGCAGGAGGAGGAGCGGGUGGCCCUGGCAGGGACCCUGGAGGGGCUCCAGCGGAGCCUGGACGAGGCCACGGCCGAGCUGGAGCAGCGGCGGCGAGAGGUCACAGGCCACCAGGAGAAGGAGCAGGCCUUGGCCGCGGAGCUGCGCUCGCUGCGGGCGCGGGCGGAGGAGGCGGCGCUGAGCCACGAGCGGGAGGCGAGCACACUGCGGGACCAAGCGGCAGCGGCGGCCAAGCAGCGGGACAGCGCCCUGCGGGAGGCGGAGGAGGCGCGGGCGCAGCUGCGGGCGGGGGCCGAGGCGCGGGCGGCGGCGCGGCAGGAGCUGCUGGAGGCGCAGCGAGAGGCCCGGGACAGCCGCGAGGGCCGCGACACCGAGCGGCGGCGGGCGCAGGAGGCGCGGCGGGCGCUGGGCGACGCGGCCCGGGAGAAGGAGGCGCUGCAGCGCUCCAACGAGGAGCUGCGGGCGGCCCUGCGGCGCGCCGAGGGAGAGCGCAUCAGCCUGAAGCGCUCCGGGGAGGACAAGGAGCAGCGGCUGGCGCUGCUGGAGGCGGCGCGGGCGGCGGCCGAGCGGGAGGUGUCGGAGCUGCGGGCGGCGCUGCGGGGGCUGGAGCGCGCCCGCCUGGAGAGCCGCCGGGAGCUGCAGGAGCUGCGCCGCCAGGUGAAGGAGCUGGACAGCGAGAACAGCCGGCGGGGCCGGGAGCUGGGCGAGCUGCAGGCGCGGGUGGCCCUGGAGGAGCAGCGGGAGCAGCGGAGCCGCCGCGAGGCCUCCGGCCUCAGGCAGAAGGUGGCCGAGAGCGAGGCCGGCACCGAGGCUGCCAGGAAGGAGCUGCAGCAGCUGCAGCAGCGCCUGGCGGCGGCGGAGCAGGAAUUCCGGCGGCGGGAGCAGGAGCUGUCCCGCAGCCUGGAGGAGGCGCGGGGCAAUGAGAAGAAGCUGCUGGCGGACGCGCGGAACCUGCAGCUCAAGGUGGAGGCGGCGCGGGCCGAGGUGGCCGAGCUGGGGCUGCGGCUGAGCGCGGCGCAGGGCCGGGCCCAGGGGCUGGAGGCGGAGCUGGCCCGCGGCGAGGAGCAGCGCCGGGCCACCGAGUCCCGCCUGGGCGGCCUCCAGGCCACCCUGCGCCGCACCGUGGCCGUGGCCAGGGCCAAGGGCGGGGUUCCGGAGGGGCCGGGCAGCCCCGGCCCGUUGGCAGAUGCCGAUCCCGAUCCCGAUCCCGAGGCGCUGCGGGCGGCGCUGCGGGAAUUCCUGCGGGAGCUGCAGGACGCGCAGCGGGAGCGGGAGGAGCUCCGGGGGCAGCUGGGCAGCCUGGGCCGGCGCCUGGCGGAGGCGGAGGCGGAGCGGGACAGCGCCGGCGCCCGAGCGCAGCGGCUCCAGAAACUGCUGGACGAGAGCGAGCAAGAGCGGCGGGAGCUGAGCGGGGCCCGCGCCUCGCUGCUGCUGCAGGACGAGAACCUGCGGCGCUCGCAGCGGGAAUGCCGCGGGCUGCGGGAGCGCCUGAGCGCCCUGGAGAGCGGGAUGCGCGCGGAUAGUCCAGUUGGAGACUGGGGGCAAGUCCAGGCAGGAAUGCCGGCAGUCCGGAGGUGGGAAUGGCGGGCAGUCCAGGUGGGAAUCUGGGAUAAUCCAGGCGGGAAUGCCGGGCAGCCCGGGUGGGAGCGCGGGGCAGCCCAGGCGUGCCCGGCACAUCCCGGCUCCACGCCCGCGCUGCGGCGGCUCCAGGAGAAGCUGGGCGAGCUGGAGGAGGCGCGGCAGAGGCUGGAGCUGUGCGAGAGCCGCAGCGCCCGGCUGGAGCUGCAGCGAAGGGCGCUGCAGGCGGAGCUGGGCCGGGCCCGGCGGGCCGUGGCCGAGCGGGACGCGGAGGCGCGGGAGGCGCGGCAGCGAGCGGAGCAGCUCCGCACGCAGCUGGCUCAGGCCGAGUCCCGCUCGGGGCCGUUCCCGGUGUUGCCGGGGAGCGGCUCCAAGGGGGAGGCUCCGGACGGGUCCCUGCUCCACGAGCGGCUCCUGCAGCUCCAGAGCGCGCUGGCCGCCGGCGAGACGGACCGGAGGCUGCUCCAGGAAGGGCUGGAGGAGGCGCGGCGGGCGCUGGCGGAGGCGCGGCGGGAGAAGGGAAUGCUGCGGGAGCAGCUGCGGGAGCAGCGGGAGCUGGGAAUGCUGCGGGAGCCGGGAAUGCUCGGGGAGCCGGGAAUGCUGCGGGAGCCGGGAACGCUCCGGGAGCCGGGAACGCUCCGGGAGCUGGGAAUGACCCCGGAACAGGGAAUGUCGCCGGAGCCCUCCCAGGACCGGCAGCAGGAGGAGCGGGACCCUCCCGGCCGGGCUGGAUCCGCGUGGAUCCCAGCGGGGCUGGAUCCACCCCCGGGCUCGGCCGAGCGGGAGCUGGAGGAGGCUCGGAAACGCAUCCAGGUGCUGCGGGCGCAGGUGUCGGCGCUGGAGCUCCGGGCCCGCCCGCUGCCCGAGGCGCCCGCGGAGCUGCAGCGGGAGCUGGAGCGGCUGCGGCUCGGCCGCGGCGGCCUGGAGGAGCAGAUCACGCUGCUCAAGGAGCAGGAGCUGCAGCGACAUCCCAGCGGAACUUAGGGAAUUCCGGGAAUUCCGGGACAUCCGCAGGGACCGGCACAGCUCCGGGAUGGGGGGAUCCAUCCCCAUCCCUGAUCCCAGAAUCCACAGCAGCUCCGCUCAGGGCUGAGCGGGAUCCAUCCUCAUCCCUGUGCUCCAGACCCACAGCGAUUUUUGUCUCCUCAUUCCCUUUUCUCCAGGAAAAAGCUGCACUUUUCCCACCAGCCAAAAAAAUUUGUCUAUUUUUGAUACAAUCUGGGACCUCAUGGAUGGUUUACCCAUUUUUCUGUUGCAGUUUUUAACGGAAAAAUGGGAAGUAUUCCCUUUUUUUGACCCCAACUGAUUUAUUCCCCUCCAGCCUUCCAAGCCCUGCCCUCACCCCAUCCUAAUUUCCCCCCUUUUUCUAACAAAAAACUCCCUGGAUUUGUGUUUUUGAAGGAUUUUUUUAGGAACUAGCAGGGUUUUUAUAUGGAAUUUUUGGGAAUGGGGGUUUUUACUGGUGCUCCGGGGCAGCCUGAGGUUGGGAAAGCCACGGGAAGGGAAGUGGUGGCUCUGACCCCACCCCAGUCCUGGCCAGAAUAAACGUGGAAAAUCCAAACUGGGAGUUCUGAGGGA